GCCAACUCAAAGAUCAAUCAUCCACAAGAGGAAAAAACAGGUAGAGGAUAGAAGCAAAAAGAAAGAAUAAAACACCACACAGUGUUUCCCUUUGUUUAUGCCCUUUCCAUUUCUCCUCAUUCUUCUUCCUCUUGUUGCUAUAGGUGCCAUUCAUCAUCAGUACUACGAUGGGCGUCUUCAGGAACAGCCCAAGGGAAUCACCAAGGAGGAAAAGAUCAUCAUCCACAACGCUGCAGCACUUGUUCAACUUGGAAUCAAACAAGGGAAGCAGCAACAACGAGUGUUACAAUGGUCUUGUAACCAACAAGCAAGAAGAUGAAGAAAUCAUAUCCCUGGUGUCCCACUGCACUACCACCAUCUUCACUUUCGUCGAUGAUGACUCGGAGUCUCCCUCUGCACAAGAAGCGAAGAGGGUCAAGCUCCUCCGGCUUCUCUCUAUCAUAAAAUCGCUCAAAGGGGAGCUUCCAGUUCAUGUUGUUACCUCCCUCGUGACCAUGAUCUCGGCCAAUCUCUUCAGGCCGCUCCCUCCAUCAUGUAACAACAAUGUUCAUCACCCGGCCCCAGCUGAGGAAAGUGAGGACCUCGCGUCCUCACUCUCCCCUCUCUGGUCCCACCUCCAACCCAUAUAUGACAUCCUCAUCCGCCUCCUUAUUAGCAUGGAGCCCAAAUCACACCAUUGCCGUCUCAUUAUUGAUCACCAGUUCCUCCUCAGUCUCCUCGACCUCUUCCAAUCUGAGGACCUGAGAGAGCGUGAGAGCUUGAAGAAUGUUUACCACAGGAUAUAUUCAAAGUUCACGUUCUACCGAACAUUCAUGAGGAAAUCGAUGAACGAUGUCCUGUUACACUAUGCUUUUGAGGCCGAGAAGCACUCGGGGAUAGGCGAGCUGCUCGAGAUAUGGGGGAGUAUCAUUAAUGGAUUCACAGUGCCGUUAAAGGAAGAGCAUAAGUUGUUCUUGAUGAGGGUGUUGAUUCCUUUGCACAAGACUAAAGGGAUGAUGGUUUAUCAUAGGCAGCUGGCUUACUGUGUGUCUCAGUUUGUGCAGAAGGAGCCUAUGCUUGGUGGGUUGGUUAUUAGAGGGAUCCUGAGGUACUGGCCUAUUACCAAUUGCCAUAAGCAGAUCUUGCUUAUAAGUGAAUUGGAAGAGCUGGUGGAAAAUAUUAGUCCUGACCAUUAUAGAAGGCUGGCUUUGCCAUUGUGCACCCAAGUCACAAGAUGCCUCAACAGUUGGAACUCACAGGUCGCAGAGCGAGCUCUCUACUUGUGGAACAACGAGAUUUUUGUGAAGAUGGCAACAUCCGCGAUCGAAGAUGUGUUCCCAGUGGUGGUGGAAGGGAUGAAGAAGAACAUGAAAUGGCACUGGAGCAGCAGCGUGAAGCAACUGACGGAGAAUGUGAAGAAGAUGUUGGAAGAGAUGGAUCCUACCCUUUACGAUAAGUGUCUCCAGGAGAUUGGCCACAAGGAUUUCGUCUCGAGGCAAGAGGAGGCGAAGAGGAAGGCUAGAUGGGCAAGAGUUGAAUUGCAGGCAGCCAUGAAUAUUAACAUCAACCAUCAUCAACAUCAUGAGGACAUUCUUCAGCCGCAGCUGCAUUACAUUGUUGUUUCCCAUUAGAGCUCUGCAGCAAAAAGAUCAAAGACCUUGUUAUGGAAUUGCCCUGCCCCUACAUGCCUUAGUAAACUAAUUAAUCCACCCGUUAAAAAGUUCAGUGGUGUUUGAUUUUAUUUUUUCAAUAAUUUGAUUUGUUGUUUUGUGUUGCUUUGUGGUUUAUUCCUGUUCUUUUUAUAUGGUUCAAGGGAUGGAAUAACCAUAUAGACUCAUUGUGUGAGAUUAGCCAACUUUGGAAUCGGUUAAAAUGGAAAGAAAGAAGGUGAAACCAUUGGGAGAUGACAAUGACUUGAUUCUACCUUUUUUUUUGUAUGCAUAUAGAUCAACUUAAUCUCAUGUCAAUUUGGUAGAUCAUAUCUCUCGUUUGAUAUUGAUAUGUACCAAACAAUACAAACAAUAAAACAUUUAUGUCGUAACUUUAUAGCAUAUCUGUUCGAGUACGAAUACUUCGACGUCUGAACCUUCGAAUAAUCGGGUCCCACCUGUUGCUUCGUAGGCGCCUCACCUACACACAUGCAAACAUAGGGGGGGGGGGGCGUCUAGACACAUUAAUCUUCCAACGUUCAAGUCAGAAUCAGCUUUGGAGAGAGAAGUGUCCUCACUCUAGUUUUAGUGAGAGAAUCCAACAUGUGUAAAUACUACCUACCAGCACUAUUUAUACUCACCACCCCAGACCGGAAUCCUUCAGUUGAUCAGUUCAGCUCCACGUCAGCAUAGCAUUUAAUGUUUCGUACUCCCCUCAGACUAGGCGCCCCGACCAACGUGGCAGUCUUCUGACCAAAUGAUAGACGCCUUGCAGGGACCAUAAAUAACCCGUACUUCUUUGUAGUCUUCUAAGUUUUGUCUCCAGUCUCCCCACUUCAUGCUUGGACUUGGUCCAAAAGACUUAUCCAUGGACCUACCUCAUGAUGAAACCCUUUUUUCCUCUAUUGGGCCAUACUGGGCCUCUACUUGGGCCCAUCCCAUUGCAAUACCCCAACAAUAUCCAAUAGACUAGUUUUUCGCAUUGAUUGAUCAAGAAUCUCUUAUCAAUUGAGAAAUUGCAUAGUCUAGGGUUUUUAUUUUAAUGAACAUCUCAUGUAAAU